AAAAAUCCCAUUUGCCUUUCUACAAAUCUCCCCAAAAAUCCUCUCCUUCAAUCUCUCCACAACACUACAAUCCAACAACUGAACCAAACCAAACUACAGCGAAGCUUGCUUUUGAUUUUGCGAUACGAUGGCGAGCAUUAUUAGCAACGAGCCAGAGCGUGAGCACAGAGACGAGGAAGAGUCAGGAGCCAACGAAGAUGAAGACACCGGUGCUCAGGUUGCUCCGAUCGUCAGGCUCGAAGAAGUAGCUGUCACCACCGGUGAAGAAGACGAAGACACCCUCCUCGAUCUGAAAUCGAAAAUGUAUCGGUUCGAUAAAGAUGGGAGUCAGUGGAAGGAGAGAGGAGCUGGUACUGUUAAGUUCUUAAAACACAGAGAGUCUGGAAAGAUUCGUCUCGUUAUGAGGCAAUCGAAAACUCUCAAGAUCUGUGCUAAUCAUCUAGUUACAUCGGGCAUGAGUGUUCAGGAACACGCUGGGAAUGAUAAGUCUUGUGUAUGGCACGCUCGUGAUUUCUCUGAUGGGGAAUUGAAAGAUGAGCUUUUCUGCAUCCGGUUUGCGUCAGUUGAGAACUGCAAAGCAUUUAUGCAAAAGUUCAAGGAAGUAGCUGAAUCUGAAGAAGAGAAAGAAGAGAGCAAAGACGCUUCUGACGCUGCUGGUCUUCUUGAGAAAUUAACAGUGGAAGAGAAAGAAACUAAAGAGAAAGCAGUGGAGAAAACAGAGGAGAAGGAGGAAAACAAAAAGAGUGAAGCUGUUGAAGAAAAGAAAACGGAGUGAGUCUGUUCCGUCGACUUAAGAUGCAUGCAUCGAGGGAAGACUUGGCUUUUAUUUUAAAACUGAUACAUGUUUUGAGUCGUGUUGAGAGUUCUAUAUAUAUGUUAGUGUCACAAAAAAAGUGUCACAGGUGACAUUUGCAUAUUGCGAGAUUGAUUUGGGGGUUGUUUGGGUUUUCAUUAUCUGGAAAAGAAAGAAAAGAAAAAAGAGUAUAUUUUAAAGCUCUCAUGAUUUUUUUUGGGAAACAGUUUGGAAUCAGAAGUGGUUCCAUUUUGAUUUUUACAAGUUUAUAUAUGCAGUGGAUGAUUUCGUGUGCUU